GACAACAAAUAUGGCGGAGAGGAGCAGGACGGCAGAGACGGGCAGCGCCAUGGGAAGUGAUGAUAUCAUAGCAGGGAACGUGAGCAAGUACAUUGUUCUCCCAGCUGGUUACUGUGGGCAGCCCAAAAAAGGACAUCUUAUAUUUGAUGCCUGUUUUGAAAGUGGGAACCUUGGCAGGGUGGACCACGUCUCAGAGUUUGAGUAUGACCUCUUCAUCAGGCCAGACACCUGCAACCCUCGCUUCCGAGUCUGGUUCAACUUCACCGUGGAAAACGUGAAGGAAUCACAGCAGGUAUCAGCAGGAGUGGGUAUGACCAUGCUUUUCGGCUAUCCAAGACAGGAGAGAGUAAUUUUCAAUGUUGUCAACUUCAGUAAAACAAAAAGCCUCUACAGAGAUGGGAUGGCUCCAAUGGUGAAAUCCACAAGCCGACCAAAAUGGCAAAGAAUCCCCUCCAAAAACGUGUAUUACUACCGCUGCCCAGACCACAGGAAGAACUAUGUCAUGUCCUUUGCUUUCUGCUUCGACCGAGAGGACGACACCUACCAGUUUGCCUACUGCUACCCCUACACCUACACCCGCCUGCAGCACUACCUGGACAACCUCCAGAGGAGGAACAUGGACUACUUCUGCAGGGAAUUGCUGGGGCUCAGCGUGCAGAAGCGGCGGCUUGACCUCCUGACAAUAACCAGCCCCGCAAACCUGCGUCCAGGGGCUGAACAGAAAGUGGUGUUCAUCACAGCACGGGUCCAUCCUGGGGAAACUCCCUCUUCCUUCGUCUGCCAAGGUAUAAUUGAUUUCCUCGUGAGCCACCAUCCAAUUGCAAAAGUACUGAGAGACCACCUGGUGUUCAAGAUUGCUCCCAUGCUCAAUCCUGAUGGAGUUUACCUAGGAAAUUACAGGUGCUCCCUGCUGGGCUUCGACCUGAACCGGCACUGGGCCAAUCCCUCUCCGUGGGCUCACCCCACCCUGCACGGAGUGAAGGAGCUCAUCAUUGACAUGUACAACAACCCGAAGAUUAACCUGGAGUUCUAUAUCGACAUCCAUGCCCACUCCACCAUGAUGAAUGGCUUCAUGUAUGGGAACAUCUUUGAGGAUGAGGAAAGAUUUCAGAGACAGGCUGUUUUUCCCAAGCUACUCUGUCAGAAUGCUGAAGACUUCUCUUAUUCCAGCACGUCGUUCAACAGGGACGCUGUGAAAGCCGGCACAGGCCGGCGCUUCCUUGGGGGGCUCCUCAAUGACACAUCCUACUGCUACACUCUGGAGGUCUCCUUCUACAGCUACAUCCUGGCUGGAGCUGCUCCUGCCGUGCCCUACACCGAGGAAGCCUAUAUGAAGCUUGGAAGAAAUGUGGCCAGGACAUUCUUGGAUUACUACAGGCUGAACUCCUUGGUGGAGGGACCACUCGCACCGACUCCUAAAACUCGGAAGGACAACGUGCCACCCUAUAAAUGCACUGCCCAACGGGGCCCUGGGAACUGCCACGCUGGAGGAAAACCUGAGAAGAGGAGCCUGAAGGACUCUUCUGUGUCCACACGCUGAGAGAGAGGAGAGGAGAGGA